CAGCUGCAAGUCAUACGCCUAUAGAGGACAAACUAAAGGCUAAUAUUUUGUAUUGGAGUGGCUUUUAAUGUCUUAUAUGAACAUGAUAUUCGUAGUUUUAAAAUACACCAGCUAAUAAAUAAAUAUACUGUACUGUCUGAAAGAGCAAAGCGAAAUUUACUGCGCUGAACUUGACCUACUUCCAUUCUAAAAACAGCUGAUCAUGUAAACAAAUAAUGUUACAUUGCGUGUUCUUCGUAGUUGGUUUAUGAACCUCGAAGACAUCAGGUGGAAGUUAUUCAAUUGUGUGCAGUUAAAUAUGUCAAUGGACAUAUACAAUGGUUAUGUGUAUUUUCUCUAAUGUUAUGGCAGUUUAUGAAUGUGAUACUAUAAUACUAUUAUUUACAACUCAGUAAGGAAAUAUAUGAAUUGAAUGGGACUGCACGUAUACAUUCAUUGCCAUUGACUCUGUGCGCACUAUGUGUAUGUAUUCAAUUAUGUCUGAUAAAAUUUGUAUUCGGGUAUCAGCCAGAAUCCUACACAUUUAGUUUAUCUGAUAAGAUGUCUCAAUGAGAGUACUGACUUUGAUAUAUUAACAUUAUUAUCACAUUACUCAAUUAUUUUGCAACUGUUGUUGUGAUUCUAGAUUUUUAUGGACAUUAUUAUACAAUGGGUAAAUCAGGCAAAAUAGAAAAACAGAAACGUCAUUUCUGGCAGAAAAAAGAACAGAAGACAACCCAAGAUAUUGAGUUAUUGGAGAAGGAAAAACCUCGAAAUGGUGAUUUAAAUGACCGAGAGCAGAAUGCAGUUGAUGGAUUUGUUCCUCCUGACGGUGGAUGGGGUUGGGUAGUUUGCCUCGCCUCGUUAUGGGCCAACGGAACUGUGUUCGGUGUCAUUAACACAUUUGGAUUAGUUUAUGUUGAGAUGAGAGAGCAUUAUGCCAAAGAUGACCCAGAGGUGUCUCUUAAAACUGCAUUUGUUGGUUCAACUUGCACAGGAGUGACAUUUCUGUUGUGUACAGUGUCAAGUAUAUUGAGCGACAGGGUGGGUAUACGAACGACAGCGGUCAUCGGAGCAGUACUGUCCACGGCAGGACUUAUAGCGAGUGCAUUCAUUCAGAAGCUUGAACUUCUCUACCUGACCUAUGGCAUUCUUCUGGGACUCGGCUCGUCAAUGGUUUAUUCACCAUCUUUAGUCAUUCUCGGGCAUUAUUUCAAGAAGCAUAUGGGACUUGUAAAUGGAAUAGUUGCGUUCGGAAGUUCACUUUUUACAAUAGCUCUAACAAGAAUUUUGCCCUUGUUGUUGUCAACAAUCGGCAUUAAGUAUUGCUUCAUAUUCCUGGCGGGACUUCAUUUUAUGUUGAUUAUAUUUUCCCUGUCCUGGAAGCCUCUGUUUAGGCGAGAAGACCACCUAACUGCCUUAACCCUGUCAACAGAAAGUGUGUACAACCACUGCAACGACUGCUGUUCAUGGACAAGAAAGUUCUUGAAUGUGAAAAUUUGGAAGAACAAGGCUUAUGUUACCUGGGUUCUUUCAUUGGGUGUCGCUCUCUUUGGUUACUUCAUACCAUUCUUUCAUCUGCCAAAGCACACACGGGACAAUUUUCCAGAAUCCGAUGGCAGCCUGCUCAUUCUCUGUCUCAGUAUUACUUCAGGAGUCAGCAGAAUUGUAUGCGGCAAAAUUGCUGACUUUCCCUGGGUGAACCGCAUUCGCAUGCAGCAGUGUGCCUUUUUCGUCCUGGGAGUGUCCACCAUGUGUAUUCCCUUCGCCAAGAGUUUUGAGGCCCUGAUAGCCAUCAGUCUGGCAAUGGGCUUGUGUGAUGGGGUGUUUGUCUGCCUGUUGGGACCGGUAGCGUUUGACAUUGUCGGUCCCAGCGAGGCGUCACAGGCCAUCGGCUUCCUGUUAGGCAUCUUCAGCAUUCCAUUUACCAUAGGACCCCCUGUUGCUGGUUUUAUGUAUGACAAGCUGGGAGACUAUCGUAUAGCGUUCCACGUGGCUGGGGCUCCUCCAAUCCUGGGGGCUCUCAUGAUGUUCCUGAUUCCCAAAGUCGACCAGAGUUUCCCUGCUGUUACCGAGGCGAUGGAGUUUGCAUCAGUUUCCAUGAUGGAUGUCUACAAAGAAGUCCGAGAAGAUGCCACUGAAGAAGUGCCAAGCCAUAAGCUGGGCCACACUCAGGCCAAUGGAGCCCCAUCCGGGCCUUACAGCGAGCUUCAGCUGAUCACUUCCCAGGAGCUGCUGGUCAUUGGGAGUAAAUAUAGACUCCCAAGUGGAGACAACGAAGAUGAACCUGAUGAACACACCACUGCAGCCGAGACCAAGCCUGAUGGCUACAUGGAGGAUGAAACUAUGCAAAAGACAGAUGUAAGCCGAGAAGAGGCUCAUUUAACACAAAGUAUAAAUGAGCCACAAGAAAAAUAUAAGAGCUCUAAGGAUAUCUCAAGUGAACAAGAUGAAGUUCUUCCAAUGCCUGCUUAUUCUGACUUUAAUGAAUCCAAUGCUAAUGAUGACAAAGAGUCUUCACUGUUAACAGAAAUAGGAAAAUUCUUCGAUGGAAACAAAAUUUCAUUUGACAGUAAUGAGAAAACGUCAGUGUAAAGACAAUGUUUACCAGUCAGACUCCUUCUAACAAAUAAAAUUACCCCUUACUUUUAUUCUUUUUAAGUUCUAUUGUAAAUUUGUGCAUCAGAAUACAUGUUUUCUUACGCAUUUAAGUAGGUUUUAUUGUGGAUUUGGUUUUGGAUUUUUUUAGCAAAUAUGCCUUGAUUUAUUUUCCUUGUAAAUGGAGUGAAAAGAGUGUAUACAUAGGUUUCACUGCCUUAUGUAUAUUAUGAUCCAUUGUGAUAAGUGCGGCCCACGUUUUGAGGCCCUGAUAAAAUCUACUUGUAGACUGGCAAAAUUAAGUCAUUGACUUUUAAUUAGAAAGUUAUAGGCAUUCAGUUGUGUUCAUUGAUAAAUAAAAAGAUAUCUGGAUAAAUUAUGCAUCAUAUAUGUAUAUUUACACCUCAACUUCCAUUCCUUAUAUGUAUUGCACUUUGGCAAUUGUGAAAAAAUUCCAGGAAAUGCAACAUCUUUGGAAACGUGCGGAUUGCCAAUCAUCGCAUAUUAAUAUAAAUUGAAAAUUGCUUAUCUUGAUUUUGUUUGUAUUGUGUCAGCAGGCCAAGAAAAACUAUUAUCAACAUGAUGGAAAGUGUUAAUUUAUGAUAUGUGAAAUAUAUUGUUGUCGUUAGCGUUUCCAUUUUACAUAUAAAGUGAUUUAACGUAUCAGCUAUAAAUGAUUAAAAUUUUCAUGCGUUAUUAUGACGUAAUAUGAUAAAUGUUUUCCAGUUACUGUCAGGUCGUUCUAUUUACAUAGUGGAUGAGAAAGAAUUGCUGUAAAGUUUCUUAAAUGAAAUUAGUAAAUUUUUUAACAAUUUUUGAAAUUAUAAUGAACUAUUGGUGUAAAUAUAACUAAUGAAUUGCAUGAUUGAUGUCAUUAUUGGGGAUAUGAACACAGUUGGGCUGGUUAAAGUAAGCUGGAGUCCUUUCGACUCCACAUACUUUAACCAGCCCAACUGCGUUCAUACCCUGAUAAUGACAUCAAUCAAUCAAAUCAUUCCUUCAAUGAGUGAUGUGUGAAAUACAGCUUAUCCAGACUGUCCUAUACCGUGGUAACAACAGGUAUAUUCGACUUGACUGUUGGAGAGUAACAUUUUCUUUCAAGUUUUAGUAUGGCUUAAACUGUAUAUAUUCCACAAGCAAUUUGAUGUAAUUGACUGAUCUUUUACAUAUACUCAAAUGCAGCAUUUACCAAACAUAUGUUAUCCAAUACAUUCCUGGUCAUUUUUAUGUAUGCUAUUUAAAUUGGUUGAAGAUUUUCAGUCUUAUCAUGUCAGCAAAUGACAUAUAUAUUCUAAAGAGCCAAGAACCAAAGAGAAAACUAGACAAGAAUUUCAAAUUAUUUUCCAAACAUUUCAUCCAUAGAGAAAACUAGACAAGAAUUUCAAAUUAUUUUCCAAACAUUUCAUCCAUAGAGAAAACUAGACAAGAAUUUCAAAUUAUUUUCCAAACAAAAAGUUUUUAUGCUGAGUUGUUGGUGCUAUGAGUUUGAAACAGUGUGUGAUGUCCCUGUUGUGAUAAAAGGCUAGAUGGACAUGUAUUGUGCCAUCAGUUCCUCUGACACAGAGUCAAUAACAUUGACAGCAGUGUGUCUUUCAUUUCAAUUGUAUAUGCUUCUGUAUUUGUUUACAAAGUCAUUGUUGUACAAAACAAUACACUAUAAGCGGUGUUUUCUUAUUAGACAUUUCAUUGCAGUGCAUGAAUAUUGAUGCAUAUUGGAUAACAUUUUUGAGUUAUAUUGUACACUGAAAUUGACAUUCUAUGUUGACAAACGCACAGGUACAGCACUUUGGUCAGGGAUGAAAAUUGUUGAUGUAAUUGUAAACAUAAUAACUAUUUAAGAAGAAUAUAAUUAUAUCAAUGUUGUUUCACCAUCCCCAUCCCAUGCUGCCACAAUGUUGGCAAGAGAGUGUUAAAUUAGUAUAUUUUGUAAGUGACUGUUAACAUCAUGUAGUAUACACAGUCAAAAGUAUGAAUUUUUAAUAAUGGUAUGGUUUUAUUUUGCAGUGUUUUAUUACAUCACAUUUUGCAUUUUUUAAAUAUCAUUCACUCUCGAAAGAUAAAAGUGCCAUUUAAGAGAUCACACUUAAAGCUUUAUUCUUUUGUCUUUAAGCGUUUUAGCCGAGUUAUAAGAGGGUGUUGCACUCUGCCUAUUGGGUGGCAACCCUCUGCCCUCAUGCAGACCAGCAUGUGCGCCCUUCUGCCUUCUUAGAUUUACAUGCUUUGAAUAGACAAUUAAAUAUUUCCUUUGUUUUGUUUAAAAACUUAAUAAAUUUUAUGAUUAUAAAAACUUACAAACUCAAUAUUCCUGGUAGUUGAAACCUAAAACUACUUUUGAAUUACCCCGGUAAUCACAUUUCUAAAAAAAAAGUGAAAUUUAUAAUAUUUAAGUUCUAUGUUGAUGCAAUAUGCAGCACCCUGUCCUUUUAAAACCUGACUAAAACCCUAUCAUUGUUAACUUAUACAUGUGAAGUAUUUGAGAAUGCGCUCAUAUAUUUAAAAAAAACCAGUACAGCUGAAACAGCAGUCACAAAUCUUGUUAGAAAUACUGUAGAUCACAAGUGUAUCCAUUAAAAGUUCAAUGAUGACGUUAACAAUGUUGUUUACUUUAACAAAUGUUUUGAACAAUUGGCCUCCUGAUUCUAUAUUUAUUCGCAUGACUCAUUGUUUGAUGUAAUACUGACUUACAUUCAUGACAUUUGUAUCAAAAUAGACACUUCAAACUUUAAAACAAAAAUAAAAUCUUUAAGACUAGUGUAGCUGCUGUUCUCAAUUCCGUGUCAAGAUUCUGGACGGUAUUGUGUGAAAAUAAAGUUGGUAUUUUAACAGUUUUCACAGAAUGGUUUUGCAUCCAAUAAAAGUUAAUACUCUUUUAUCUAAGUUUAAACCAGUCUGUUAUGAAACUAUUGAUUUUUGUUAACUUUGACUAAGUGCAAUAUUAAGUUAGAUUAUAUUUGAAUUGUGGUAUUGAAAAUGCUUUUUUAUUUCUUUUAAUUUCAUGAAACAUGCGUUGUUUUUUCUUGGUAAAUGUUGAAAAAGCAAUGAAUAUAAAAAAGGUCUAAAAUAUAUGACUGCCUGCAAGAAUUUGUACAAGUUUGCAUAAAUUAUAAAACUAUCAUUUAUACUUUGUUCAUUGCCAUCGAAACAAUCUAAUAUUAUUUUAUCACGAAGUUAACCCUGUUUUUAAUAUGCAUGCUUUGCUUUUGAAAUGCAUAAUCUAUCUCGUAUUACACACCAAAGAAAGGUUGAUCUCACAUUUACUUUGGUAUAUAUUUUGGUUUUGUGAAUUAUACUGUAGACUGAUAGAUUUGAUUAUAGUAUAUUGAUAUAUUUCCAGAUUAUUUCACUGUUGUUAAGGUUAUUUCAUCACAAUUAUAUCUUUAGAAAAGGAGAGAAGUUAUUAGUGAUAUUUUUAAGUUUAAUGUUCAUGUAUUUUGUUUGAUCAAGUCUGUGAUAAAAGAAAUAUAUAUAUAUAUUUUUACAGCUGACUUUCCACAGAAUCAAAUUCUGAUAGUAAUUGUUGUAGAACAAAUCAUUUAUUAGCUCAGAUUGAUAUUAACCUUGUGCAAGUACCUAUGUUAAGUUACUUUUUAGCUCAGAUUGAUUUUUACCUUGUGCAAGUACCUAUGUUAAGUUACUUUAAGCAGCCUUAAUGCAUGAAUCAUAGUUUUAGCUCAAGUAGGGGUGGUAGUCACUCGCCUGGACAUUCAGUAAAACUUAAUUCCCACUCCUGGUACAGGAAGGUUUUUUAAAAAAUAAAACGGGGUUGAGGUGUACCUGGACUAAUGGUCUUAAUAUAAAAAUCCCGCCUUUCAGUAAUGAUCAGCAGCCAGUCGUAUUAAACUUUGGUAAGUUGUCCACUGGUUAUCUACUGGCUAGUUCACUCAUUGAAAUGAUUUGAUUGGUUAGUAGUUAUUAUUGGACAAUUAUUGACCAAUCAAUAAACAUUUUGGAUAACUUUGACCAAACCAAAAUCUUAACCGACUUUAUACAUUUGGCUGCUGCUGUCUAGUCUCCGAGGUAUCUAGCAUUCCCAUCCAUGGCAAAACAUUGAUGAAUGCCUACAAGGCAAUAAAAUGGUGAACAGAUUAUUAAGUGCAAGUAUAUGAUAUUUAUGCAUUUUGUGAAUUAUGCCUGUCAAAAUGCCAAUCAAAAUAAUACAUUUAAAAUAUUUACUUUUAUUGACUAUUAAUGUUAAAAAAAAGAAAACAAGAAUUAAGAUGACCUUGAAAUAUAGACCCAUAUUCCUUAAUCUUUGUGACUUAUAACAUGUUUAGACACUCAUUUUAGGGAAGAAAAUAGGACAAGAUAACUCAAUCUAAUGUUUACACACUCACAUGUUAUCACCCUGUUAUCCCACCUGCCGUAUAGUAAUGAACAUGUUGACCGUUUUAUGCUGUGCUUUUGCAAAUAAAGCUAUUAACGCUG